AUGGGCUCUUCUGUAAUCGUCACCGGAGAACCGUCAAAACCGAAAAUCUCUAAAAUAAUGGUGGCUCUCCUCGCGAUCUCCAUUGCCGUCGCACUCCUAUGGCCAUCGACGGAGCAACAGCUGGCGGCAUCGGAAGCCCAGGAAAAGGAAAAGUUCAAGAUGAAGCUGAUGAACCAGCUGAAGGGAGCGAUGGGCAACUCGAAAAAGUGCGAACAAAUCGAGGAUAAAGAAGAGCGGGCAGCUUGUUUCGAGAAACUGAUGGACGAUAUGAAGAAAAAGAUGGAAAUAUUGCGUUCCAGAAAGGAGGCAGCUGGCCAGAGUGAUAAGACCCUCCAAGACGCCUUCCAAAAAGCCGACGAACUCAGCAAGCACAUCGACCCAUCGAAGAUAAAUUUCGGCAAAUCCAAAAGUGAAUUG